GCUCACAGAACUGCUUCCCAGCCUUUAUAUGAGUCCAGGCAGUGAGAAAGUCCCCCAGAUAGCAGAGCUUCAAGGUGGGAUUCUGAGGAGCCCUAUCCUGUUGAAAACCCAGUCAACUGCUACCACCUUCACAGCAACCAUGGGGUUGGGGGAGACUCUGGCCAUAAAGAUCACCUAGACUAUUGGUCAUCUCAGGUCCUGCUGUGAAGCUUAGUAUUUUCUGGCUCUACAGACAGAAUGAUCACCAAAGUGGCCUCUAUUUCAAAACUUCUGGAUAGAAAAACAAGCCAUACAUUUCUCCUAUUGAAGAGACCUUCAGACCAUGCUGGUGAUGCCCAGGUGGAGGAGAAGCUGCUUCAGCUGAGAUGCCACUUCACAUGGGGACUGCUGAUUGAAGACAUUGACAUACCUGAUCUGGAAAUGAGAAUCUGGGAGGAGCUUGAGUUCCUAGACAUCAAUAACCCAGUGCGGAUGCACAACCUGCUGGCCUACGUGAGGCACCUGAAAGGCCAGCAUGAGGAAGCCCUGCAGAGCUUGAAAGAAGCAGAAGCCUUGACCCAGAGGGAGCAGCUGGACAAGAGAAGCCUGGUGACCUGGGGCAACUGUGCCUGGGUGCAUUACCACAGGGGCAGCUUGGCAGAAGCCCGGACCUACCUGGACAAGGUGGAGAACACUUGCAAAGAAUUUGCAAGCCCCUUCCGCUACAGGAUGGAGUGUGCCGAGAUGGACUGUGAGGAAGGCUGGGCCUUGCUGAAGUGUGGAGGACAGAAUUAUAGACGAGCCAUGGCCUGCUUUGCAAAGGCUCUGGAAGUGGAUCCUGAAAACCCUGAAUACAACACUGGCUAUGCUGUUGCAACCUAUCGUGUAGACUUUGAUGAGGACUGUAUUUCUCUGGAACCCCUCAGGAAGGCUGUCAGGUUAAAUCCAGGAGAUCCGUAUCUAAAAGUUUAUCUUGCCCUGAAGCUUCAGGAUGGGGGAGAAACAGCUGAAGCAGAAACACACAUUAGAGAAGCUCUCAGCAGCACAUCCUGCCAAACCUACGUCUUUCGCUAUGCAGCCAAGUAUUACCGAAGGAAAGGCUGCAUAGACAAAGCUCUAGAUCUCCUACACAGGGCCUUGCAGGCAUCACCUGAUUCUGCCUAUCUGCAUUACCAAAUAGGGCUGUGCUACAGGCAACAAAUGAUCCAAAUGAAGACAUCCAGAAACAGGCAGCUCAGAAGGCAGGAAAACUGGCAGGAAUUGGCACAACAGGCCAUUUGUGAAUUUCAAAGGACUGUGGAACUGAAAUCCACAUUUGAGAUGGCAUAUAUUUGCAUGGCUCAAGUGCAGGCAGAUAUUCACCAAUACGAAGAAGCAGAGGCAAAUUUCCAGAAGGUUCUGAACAUGACUCACAGUGAUUAUCACAUAGAGCAGGAUGUGCAUUUCCGCUAUGGCUGUUACCAGCAAUUUCAUCAGAAAUCAGAAGACAAGGCGAUCACCCACUAUUUGAAAGGUUUAAAGAUGGGAGAAAAGACCUUUGUCUGGAGGAAACUUCUCACAGCUUUGGAGAAAGUGGCUGAAAGACGUGCUGACCAAAAUGUUCUACCUGUGGAGAGCAUUGGCCUCCUUGGGUUAGUCCACAAACUGAGAGGGAACAUGCAGGAGGCUCUGCUGUGCUAUGAGAGGGCCCUGAGGCUCACUGGGGCAGUGAACCCUGAGUUUUGAAUGCAGCUGUACUCUGUGAAGUUGAUGUAGUCAUCACUGAGGGUUGCUGCUCUCCUUCCUGAAGCUGUCUCCAGAACUGCAUAGCUUGCUGAAAUGCCAAGUUCCUAAUGCAUUUGCUCCUGCCACCUCUUUCUCACCACUCAUUGUGGUUGUUAGAUCUAGAAGGAAUGUCCAUCCCCACAAGUCCUGUUCACUUAAUGACCAAGACCGAUUUCUGCUUUGAGCUGAGUGAUCACAGAUCCCUUUUCCUUAUGUCUGUAACUUUUACCCUCUGCCUGCCAAUGUCCUGGACAAAGAUGUUUUCUCUAAGAUUUCUUUUUUAGGUCAUCAGAAUCUCUUACUACAGUAUAAUUUCAGAGCACAAUAUUUAUCAACGGAGAGAGUUUGAAUGCAGGAGAUGUUUUACCUUACUGAUAAAUUAUUCACAGUAAUAUGAAUCUUAAAUUUGGGCAAUGUAAAUAAAGCAAAGGAAACUUUCUGGGACCUUAUAGACUGAGGAAGACUAAGCUUUUUCCAAAUUAUCUGUGUCACUGAUAAUGUUUUUGUAUAUUAUGCUUUUAUCCUCUCCUAAAAUAUAUUCAAUAAAAUUCUUGGAAAUCAAA